CCUCCCAUCUAAUUGAUGCGAAGGCAGAGAGCGAACAGUUCUAGAAUCACAGAAUAUGGAUCAACUCGACAACAACAAUACUCAAUAUUAAUUGUAAAGAUGGGCUCGGUCGCUCAUUUCAGAAUACCAGCUUCGCGUUGUAUCCAUCGAUCUAUCUAUCGAUCUAUCUAUAUGUGUGUUUAUGUAUAUGUGUGUGCGUGUGUGUACAUAUAAAUACAUCGUUGAUACAAGAUGUAAGUAUAAUACCGAAUUUCCGAUGUAAAUGAUGACAGAGCUCCAUUUCCGACACAGCUAGCUGGCGCUGAUCAUUUUCUGAAUGCACAGAAGCAGGCUCGGCGUGGCUUUGAAACGGGCGAGUGUUGAGAGAUUAGCCUGCUCUCUGCAGCAGUAACAGAUCCGAGCAGUGGGAUUCUCUAAGUGUGUGUGAACGUUACGCAAGCUCCUGCGCCUCCAGUUUAUCGAGAAGGCUUGCGAGGAGCCCUGUUCCUUCCAACAGGGUUUUAUAAACAGAAGCACCAGGACUCGAGGACGGGAGAGAGUGUGUGCAUCUCCGCAGAUCCCUUGGUUCAGCAACAUCCACUCCAGACAGCUCAGAAAACACAAGCAUCCUCCCUCCAGCAUUAGAGCAAUGGUGCAAGAUUGGAAAAAAACAUCAGGUCUGUUGUUUUUCUCUUGAGGUGUAGAGACGCAUUGCUGUGCCAAAAGGCGUAAUCCUAACCAACUGAACCUCAUCGCUUCUUUACAAGAUUUCCCUGCAAAUAUGCCAGCAUUUGUGAAUAAUUAUCGCAGACAGUCGGAUCCCAGAUGACUGGAUUUUGUUAGCAACCAGCCGUUGGUUCAUCUUUAGUGGAUCCAUCACGUUAUUUGAAGGCGUUGCUCGCCUUUUGUGCUUUUUUGAUUGUUUUUGUUUAAAUCCGAUUGAAUAGCCCAAACGCCUUCUUGCUCUGAAUUGUAAUCCUCAUUUCAUGCAUGUCCAGGGGUGGCAGGUUCGAUUUUGAUGAUGGAGGGUCGUAUUGUGGGGGCUGGGAAGAUGGCAAGGCCCAUGGAUAUGGCAUCUGUACCGGACCAAAAGGGCAAGGAGAGUACGCGGGCUCUUGGAGCCACGGUUUCGAGGUGGUGGGAGUAUACACCUGGCCGAGUGGCAAUACUUACCAGGGAACAUGGGCACAGGGGAAGAGACACGGCAUCGGAGUGGAAAGCAAAGGGAAAUGGGUCUACAAAGGAGAAUGGUGCCAUGGAUUCAAAGGACGAUAUGGGGCGCGGGAGAGCAUUGGCACCAGAGCCAAGUAUGAGGGAACGUGGAACAACGGGCUUCAAGAUGGAUACGGAACAGAGACCUAUAGAGAUGGAGGUACCUACCAGGGACAAUGGGUGGGCGGAAUGCGACAUGGGUAUGGUGUGCGCCAGAGUGUUCCCUAUGGGAUUGCUGCUGUUAUCAGGUCCCCUCUUAGAACUUCUAUUAACUCUCUGAGAAGUGAACACAGCAAUGGCACAGCCAUGCACCCGGACACGCCAGCUGGAAGUCCUGCUGGAUGCAGGGGAGGCUUUGUUCUCACGAUGCACAGCAACAAUGAGCUUCUCUCAGCCAAAAACAAAAAAAAAGGCAUCUUCCGCAGGUCCCUUUUGAGCGGACUGAAACUCCGAAAGUCCGAGUCCAAAAGCUCCCUGGCCAGCCAAAGAAGCAAGCAGAGUUCGUUUAGAAGUGAAGCUGGAAUGAGUACCGUCAGCUCCACAGCCAGCGAUAUCAACUCCACUAUUAGCUUUGGUGAGGGGGAGACAGACCUGUCAGUUAUUGAGGAUGACAUAGACGCCACCGCCACGGAAAUGUAUGUCGGUGAAUGGAAGAACGACAAGCGCUCUGGCUUUGGGUUAAGCCACCGGUCUGAUGGUCUGAAAUUUGAAGGGGAGUGGCUGAGCAACAAGAGGCAUGGUUAUGGAUGUACAACAUUCCCUGAUGGAACUAAAGAAGAAGGCAAAUAUAAACAGAAUGUGUUGGUGAGUGGGAAAAGGAAGAAUCUGAUUCCUCUACGGACAAGUAAGAUUCGAGACAAAGUGGAUAGGGCAGUGGAGGCAGCAGAGCGAGCUGCAGCUAUUGCCAAACAGAAAGCUGAGAUUUCUGCAUCCAGGACAUCUCACGCCAAAUCAAAAUCGGACGUGGCUGAUACAGCUGCUCAAAAAGCUCAGGAUGAGGCCCAGCUUGCCAGGAUCACUGCCAAAGAGUUCUCACCAUCCACACAGCAACCAGGCAACGGAAUUGAGUAUCAAAGGCCAACACUCCAAAACUCAACGGAGAAUGAGAUCGACAGAAUUUCCUCAGAGAGUCUCCCACUAGAAGAGAGUCCAGAGCUCUACAGGAAAGGAACGACACCCCCGGAUCUCACUCCCGAACAUAGUCCUGUGCCAAGCCGGUCAUCCACCUCACCAUCCACCUCGCCACCAAAGUACAGGAAAAAGGGUACCAGGCUUGUCCGACAGAUGAACAUGGAAUGUGACAAAGGGCAGGACAUUCAGAUGUUGCUGGAAGGGGGAAGGAGUGACUAUCCAAGAUCUGCCAAGUGGAAUGAGAAGCAGAGAUCGGGAACUCGUAGAGGAGGCAGCAAAGGGAGCAGCAGCUCAAACACAACGUCACUGGUUGAAGAGAUCAGGGUGAGAGGCAACGAAUGCAAAUACAACCAUAGACUCACUGACAGAAAGGGGGCCGAGUCGCCAACUUUUUCAUGGACAUCCUACCAGUUGCAUAAUCAUGAUUCAAGUAAACAGUUGCAUGAACAGGAUGAAGAAAAACUUAGUAAUUAUGAAAUGGAAAUGAAACCCUUACAACGCAUGGAUUCCUAUGUGCAAGACACAUAUUCAGAACAACACCACAAUAAACUCAGCUCCAGAAACAUGAUGGAAGAUUACCAUCCAGAUUUCCUUAGCUAUGGAGUACAGAGGCUAAAGCCCACAAUGCAAAAUAAAGAGAACUUUAUACUUAUAUCCCCCUCUGAGCCCAAUGUACAGAGGUUGGACAACCUGAGAAUGAAUGUAAAGCUGGAGCCUCGAUCAAGGCAUGACAUUAGUACAUCACCAAACUCACAGUCAGUAAAUAUAUCUCAGUCUGAUGAAGAAACAAUGGUUCAAUAUAAAUCUAAUUCAGGCUCCAAUCCCAUUCUGGUUGCUAUGGUGAUUUUGCUAAACAUUGGUGUCGCCAUUUUGUUUAUCCACUUUUUUAUUUGAAUGCCUAUUUGUCAAUGAACUGUGUAAAAGAAAACUGAUGUACUUCAAUAUGAAAAAGUCUGAGAACGUGGUCAAGUUCUUCACAUUUUGCCUUUCCUAGAUAUCAAUACUGGAUUUUAGUCAAAGUUAAUGGCAUAAAUAAAAUAGCUCUGUGGCAUGACAGAAUGGUAAAAUAUGCUUCCCCAUCACUUCAAUGAUUUAAUAUGCAUUGUUUGAAGAGAAGAACUGUAGACAACCUAGACAAAAGGUAACAUUAUCUUAGUUUUGGCAUCAAGAAAUGAAAAGACCAUUUGGUUAUCCACGAGGAUUUACUCUGAAUGUACUCAAGAUGCUGUAGUUUACUGUAUUUUUUGUUGGUCUACUCAAGUCAAUUUUCAAAACUAUAAUGUUCUAUUGUUUAUUGUUGUGGAUACAUUCAUAAUAUUUUGAUUAAAAUGAGCUGAA